CUCUCCCGUUCCGUUUUCCACCCGCGCGGGGCUGAAUGGGCUUCUGGGAGAGCGCCCGGGGCGAGUCGUUGGCGAUACCUCGUCUCGGCGAGCAUCAGUGACUCGCCUUCCCUCGCUCAGAAACCCUCCGCCUGGGUCCGCACAGGAAGAGCGGGGCCUCUGAGGGGAGCGGCGACCCCCGCCGGCCUCGGUCUCUUUCCUUGGCGGCGGCGGCUUCUUCCGUAGGACAAUAUGUUCAAGAGAAUGGCCGAAUUUGGGCCUGACUCCGGCGGGAGAGUGAAGGGGGUUACUAUCGUUAAACCAAUAGUUUAUGGUAAUGUUGCUCGAUAUUUUGGAAAGAAAAGAGAAGAGGAUGGACAUACCCAUCAGUGGACAGUAUAUGUAAAGCCAUAUAGAAAUGAGGAUAUGUCAGCAUAUGUGAAGAAAAUCCAAUUUAAAUUACAUGAAAGCUAUGGUAAUCCUUUAAGAGUCGUUACUAAGCCUCCAUAUGAAAUUACUGAAACAGGAUGGGGUGAAUUCGAAAUAAUCAUCAAAAUAUUUUUCAUUGAUCCUAAUGAAAGACCUGUAACCCUAUAUCAUUUAUUAAAACUGUUUCAAUCAGACACCAAUGCAAUGCUGGGAAAAAAGACAGUGGUUUCAGAGUUCUAUGAUGAAAUGAUAUUUCAAGACCCAACAGCAAUGAUGCAACAGUUAUUAACAACAUCUCGUCAGCUAACAUUAGGAGCCUAUAAGCAUGAAACAGAAUUUGCAGAACUUGAAGUGAAAACCAGAGAAAAAUUGGAAGCUGCGAAAAAAAAAACAAGCUUUGAAAUUGCAGAGCUUAAGGAGAGAUUAAAAGCAAGUCGUGAAACUAUAAAUUGUUUAAAAAAUGAAAUUAGGAAGCUCGAAGAAGAUGACCAGACAAAAGAAAUAUAAAGUUCUGAAGAGAACUUGAUAGGAAGCUAAACUGAAAAUAAGGUGGACUUUGAAGGAGAAAUGGACUGCAGAUGCUGUUUUUUAGAGGGGCUGCAUGUAUCAUUGUUGACCAUAGAUUUCUCAGCAAUGUGGUCAAAGCAUUUGUACUUUUCAAGCAACCUUUUCUGUGAAAUGUAUGUAUAUAAUAAGAAUAAAUGCUGUAUAGGCAUUUUAUCAACCCAUUUUAGGGUAAUUCUAUGAUGUUAAGCACAAUUAAACAUUUUUUUAUUGCGUUGUAUGUAUAGCUUAUCCUUUUGACAGGCAUCAGAAAUUCAUUAUAAAGUAUAACUUGUACAAGUUUCUAAUUUCCUGCUAGUUAGAAUUAGUGGUAAAAUUAAUGUGUAUAUUUCAUUUCUUAAGUUCUUAUCUGCCCUCAAUCCUGAUUCUUUUGUAUCUGAUGUGCCCAGUACCCAGUAAACACUCAAUAAAUGUAGUUUACUGAUCCUG